AUGCUUUGGGGUGCGCUAUUACUCCUUCUCUCGAGUAAUGUCGUUGCCGAGCGCCAUGAUGCGGACUUGAUGUCCUUUGUGACGCUCCCUGAGGUCCGAGCCUUAAAAUGGGAGAUCACUUACUAUGACCGUGAGCGCAUGGCCCCGGGCUACAUUUUUGUUGCGCCAUACGGUCAGAUCUCUCCAGAACAUCCCACACAAAAGUACCAACAGUACCAAGUCGGUCCUUAUAUCUACGAUGACACCGGCGUCUUGAUCUGGGCUGGAUCGCCCUUGUACGAGAACCAGAAUACCUUUGAUUUCAAGCCAGUACACAACAUCGAUAAUGACCCGCACCUGUCGUUCAUUGUGGGAUGGGAAUUCGACAAUUCGAAGAAGGGCCAUGGUGCGAUCGUGAACAGCAAAUAUGAGGUGGAGAAGGAGGUCCAAGUCGUCAAUGAGCUUCAUGACUUCAACAUGCACGAAUUCAACAUUUUAGACGGUGGAAAGACUGCCUUGGCCUGUACCUACCGCAACCAGGUGGUCAACAUGGCUGAUUUUGGUCGCCCCACGGAAGAGAGUUGGGUUGUAACUGGUGGAUUUGUCGAGUUGGACGUGGAGACGAGUGAAGUGCUCGUCGAGUGGGACUCGUUCGACAAGAUUGCCCUGCAUGAGUCGAACAUGUUCAAUGCGUGGGAUAACCCUGCCGGAGAGCCCGGUUGGGAUUACGUGCAUAUCAACGCGGUUGACAAGAACGAGGCCGGUGACUAUCUGAUCUCCCUGCGCUUCACUAACACUAUCUAUUUGAUUUCGGGUCAGGAUGGAAACAUCGUCUGGCGUCUGGGUGGAUUGGAAAGUAACUUCGACCAAGACUUUACCUUCUCCAAGCAGCACGAUGUCAAGUUCGUCUCAUCGAACGGUACACACCACGUUAUCUCACUCCUGAACAACGCCUCCGACGAACGGGGUCAGGAUGAGAAUGUUUCAGCCGCUUUGAUUGUCGAGCUGGACACCACCGUCGUUCCCAUGACUGCGAGGGUGGUCCGCCGUGUCAACCGCCCAGACAGCGGCCUCACCCGGCUCCGCGGCAGUGUGCGUAUCCUCCCCAACGAUAACAUCUUUAUUGGAUGGAGUGAGCGUGGCUACUCCAGUGAGCACGCCCCGAAUGGUGAUCUCCUAAUGACCGCCCGCUUCACUUCCGACCGGUACUCGACCUACCGCUCUUUCAAGGGCGAGUUCACCGGCCGUCCAUCUGCUCCGCCCGAUCUAGUGGGAUCCGUCUACGGAACUGACGACGAGGACACAACAACCCUUCUCUACGUUAGCUGGAACGGUGCAACCGACGUCGUCAAAUGGAAUUUCUACGCGCAGGCCUACGACCGCGGCGAGCCCGUGUUCAUCGGUUCUGUCAACAAGACCGACUUCGAGACCAUGUUCAUCGCCGACGGCUACAUGGACUGGGUUUCUGCCCAGGCUAUUGACGUCGAUGGUAAUGUCAUGCACACAUCCAAGACCAUGCGCACCGAAAUUCCCUCCAACUGGAAGAGUGCGGGCUGGGAAGGAAACGCUUCCGGACCUAGCCCCGACGACCCAUCCAUCAUCGCCGCAGCAAACAAGGAUCUGGACUCCGACAAAACUUCCGACAAAACCUCAGACAAAACCUCCGACGGCGAUAGCACCAUUGUCAGCGGUGAUGAGUCCUCCGAUCUAAUCAACGACGGCACCUCGACCGACUCAAGCGGCUCCGGCAGCAAGAGCACGUCCCAAUACGCCGAUGCAAAAGAAGUUGCCAAAGCAGUAUACACGGCCUACGACGUCAUUCGCGGCGUCGGCAGCCUCCUAGUCUUCAUCCUGGUAUCUCUAUCUCUCGGCGGUGUAGGCUACGCCAUCUGGCGUGUCAUUCGCGCUCGCCGCUCGCGCUCAUACCAGCACGUCCCUUCCGAGGAGGGCCUUCCCACUGAAUCGAUUCACCUCACCUCCGCUCCCCGAGACUAA